AUGGAUGAGGCGCCUGCAGAUUCCUCAUCUGGAUCGAGGAGUCGGCUGGCUCGGGCAUUUUCUUCCCGUGAGGAUGAGGUACGUACGGAUGAGGAGGCGGUGGCAGUUGAGGAGGAGGAGAUACCCGAUGUUCACCCUGAGCACGACGAGGAUGAUGCGGAGGAGGAGGGCUACCCGGGAGGGCCUGUAGACACAUCUGUGUUGAUUUACUACCAUGACCACGUCGCUCGACGUGAACAGGCGACCAUAAAAUCCGUGAACCAUGCUUGGAAAAUAUUUGAUCUGCUUCAACCACAGGCUCAAUGCUUUAAUGACGUUGUAGCUGGGAGCGGGCUUGGCGGGUUAUGCAUGACCAGAUAUAGUACAAUCAGCCACAACAUGGAGUGGGCUUUUGUCGAACGGUGGCAUAAGGAGACGUCUUUCCACUUUCCUCUUGGGGAGUUGACGAUCACCCUACACGACAUGGCCUGUCUGCUUCACCUGCCAAUCAGAGGGAGGUUACUUGACCAUUCUGGGAUACAGAGGAUUGAGGCCAUAGAGUGGAUGGUGGACUAUCUGGGUAUGGACCCAAACAUGGCGGAUUAUGAGUGCAAAGCGAUGAGUGGGGCGCAUAUCUGA